AAACACCGAGAUUGCAUCAGGGAGGAGGAGGAGGCCAGGGCAUUUGUUGUACAAGUGUCUGGGCUGGGGUUGGUGAGAGUAAGGUCAGCUCGAGGCCAGGUGAGAGGCUUCCCGGCCAGCGUGCCUAUAUCCCUGCAGAGGACACUUCGGUCAUGUGGCACUGGCUGCUGCUCUGAUGAUCAAGCAACCUCUGUGUCCGACCCCCAGAAACCUAGAAAUUGAAAUGGGAUGCAGAAAUCCCAGUGGUGAGACACAGUCUGCAUCAGGCAAGCAGGGAGGCAGUUUUCCAAGCCCCCAGUUCCCUCCUCUUUCAGACCAAGGUGUCCAAACCCCAAGCUCCCUCUUCCUUCAACCCAGGAGUCCAGGCCCCCAGCUGGAAGGACCCCCUGAUUGCAUCAUCCGUUCAGGCUGGCCUGGCCACGGUGGAAUCUUAGCUCCUGCCAAGAAUCCAGGUGCAAGAGGACUGAGGCAUUCAGCAACCUGUUAACCGGCUCUCCCAGACAACCAGGAUCAGAAACAGAAUCUAGACCCUUCAGCUCUUCAAAGCCCAGUGCCCAGACCUUGCUUAAGGACCUGAGCCAUUGAUGGGCUGGGACGAGGCCAGGUUCGAGCACCUGGGGCUGUGGGUCCCCGUGCUGACUGUCCUGCUGCUGGAAGGCUGCCAGGCACACCCCAUCCCCGACUCCAGCCCCCUCCUCCAAUUCGGAGGCCAAGUCCGGCAGCAGUACCUCUACACAGAUGACGCCCGGGAAACAGAAGCCCACCUGGAGAUCAGGGCUGAUGGUACAGUGGUGGCGGCUGCCCGCCGGAGCCCUGAAAGUGAGUGCGGGGGUCUCUUGGAGCUGAAGGCCCUGAAGCCAGGGGUGAUUCGGAUCUUGGGAGUCAAGACAUCCAGGUUCCUGUGCCAGGGCCCAGAUGGGACACUGUAUGGAUCGCUCCACUUCAACCCCAUGGCCUGUAGCUUCCGGGAGCUGCUGCUCGAGGACGGGUACAACGUCUAUCAGUCCGAGGCCCUUGGCUUCCCACUCCACCUGCCCCCUGACAACUCCCCAUACGGGGCCCGGGCCCCCAGGGGACCCACACGCUUCCUGCCGCUGCCAGGCCUGCCCUCGGUCUCCCUGGAGCCUUCAGGGAUCCUGGCCCCCGAGCCACCCGACGUGGGCUCCUCAGACCCCCUGAGCAUGGUGGGGCCUGCGCAGGGUGGAAGCCCCAGCUAUACCUCCUAAAGCCACAGGCUGCUGAUUGCUGGGGCUCCUCUUUAUUUAUUGGGUUAUUUAUCUUAUUUAUUUUUCUAUUUUUCUUACCUGGGAUAAUAAAAAGUCUGAGAGGAGAAUCAGAGUGAGCACGAGUGAAUGUUUGAGGGAAGAAUGGGACCUGCUUCCUCGCCGCUGACCCCAGAGCCCACCUGCUCCCCGUUGCUGUAAGGCUGUGGAACAGUCCCAGCCUCCCCCGUCCUCAGUUUUCUGCUCUGCCAAGGUGUCCCCAGGGACGCUGGACUAUGCCUGCCCUUUGACAGGACUUGGGAUUCCACCCCCCUCCACCCCUAAACCUUGUGUUAGUGUUGUAGAGCUAUUUGUCCAGGUUCCUUAAUAUCUGGAGCACGUUUAAACAAGGCACUGCACAGCCCGAUGGGAGAUGUAGUUUUCUGGGUUCACUUAGCCCCAGAAUGGAAGGACAUCUUGGUCCUCGGGGCUGGGGCAAGGACCCUCGGUUCCUGGGACUGUACCUGCGGCUAGGGUGGCACUCUUGGCUCCUGGGGAUCAGAGGGUCGGACACUUGAACACCUGGGUCCCAGGAGAACAGGGCGUAGGGACCUGGACACGCUGGUCUGAGGGAGGCGGCCCUGGAGUCUGGGAGUCCUGGUCUCAGGAAGAGGGAAUGCUGUUCUGAGUGCAUGGUGUGGGCACUGUGGGCUUUGGCCUGAGGUGAUUGUGAGAAUCCACUCCUAGCCUGGCGAGCAUGCUGCCCAUUCUCACUUCCUUCCCACCAUCUGGAUUUCCAUAUUGCCCUUUGAGUUAUUUCCUGUUAGGAAAGACGUGAGAAAAAAGAUUUAAAGUGCACCUCCCAGGGGUAAUGGGUCUACCCUGCAGGAGCCCAGGUGGCUGGCUGGGGGCCGCAGCCUCUCUGGAGCUGGGGAAUGCAGCCACUUGUCUUCACUCCAAGUUUUAAAUGAGAGGAACAUCCUGAUCAAAAGGGAUGGUGGUGCAGGUCCCAGAAGGUUUUGGGAGGGACUCAAUGCCCAGAGGAAAUGAAUGUGCCUCAAAGUACGCUUUUGUCCCCUAUGGAACUAGGCUGGUUCAGUCACCAGAAAGAGUCCCCACGGGGAACAGAACCUGUAAUGCCACCAAGUCCACCUGAAGCAGCCAGUUUGCUGCAGGGGGUGACUUCAUGUGAGAUGUAAGCUCCUGGUCAGAGGAAUCCACCUACUUCUGUCAAGGAAAGUCACCCCUGUGCAGUGAGCAGGAAGAAGUGGUGGCCACUGUCCUGAUGGUUCUCCCGCCCACUGACCUUGGAGAUCACAGACCCUGAGGGGAGGGA